GCCAAUGUGGCUCCAAUUUGGCACCUCCGGAUCGAUCUUCUAUCUCCUCCGCGACAUUCGAUCCGGCCCCGGACUUUGGAAUUUGUCCGGAACAGCAGCCGGAAAUCUGGAAUAUAGUAUCUCCCGGAGCCCCGGACCAAGAUUCUGGCGCAGCCGAUCACUGACCCAUCGGCAAAGUCGAUCACGUCGUCGGGAUUCUCGCGGCAGCAGUGCCCAGCGAGCGAGCAGAUCAGUGUACGAAAAUCCUCCAUUCGAAUUUCGCUUUGUGGAGCUCGUCAGUGACAGAGUGAGUGGCUCAGCGCGAGGAGAAAAUUUUCGACCCAGUAGCGGCCAUCGUCCCUCGGCCUUCGGCUGAAGUCGUAAGAUUGAGCUUCUCAGUGUCAAGGCAGCAAAUGCCGACGUGCUGAAUCAAUAAUCGAGCUUCGAGAAACUCGUCGAAUUCGCGGCUAGCAGGUUCCAGUCAUGGAGGCCAUGGUUGUCGCCCGCGGGCUCCCGCCAUUCGUCCCUUCGACGAGAGUGCAGAGAGUUCCGGCGCCUCUGAAGAAUUUCCAGAGAGCUUCGCUAUCGCCCAAGAAUCCUGCGAUUUCGACCCCAUUUUCUCCAAUUCCGAGUUCCGUUUCGACUGCUGCGUGUGCCGGAAAGGCGGGAUUGCGCGGAGGGAAGGUGGAGAGAUGUCUGGCUAUGGCAGGAGGAGAAGGCGGUGCUGCGGAGGCAGCACCGGUGCGAGGAGUGCUCUUCGACAUGGACGGAGUGCUGUGUGAGAGCGAGGGACCAUCCAGGGACGCGGCGGUGGCAUUGUUUGCUGAGAAAGGAGUAACUGUGACAGCGGAAGAUUUCAUUCCGUUCAUGGGCACAGGUGAGGCGAACUUUUUGGGAGGAGUGGCGCGUAAGUACGGCCUUGAUUUCGACGUCGACGCUUUCAAGAAGCGAUUUUUUGAGAUUUACAUUGAAAAGUAUGCUCAACCAAAUUCAGGACUCGGCUAUCCGGGGGCAUUGAAUCUUAUCCUCGAGUGCAAGAAAGCAGGGCUCAAACUGGCAGUGGCUUCAAGCGCUGACCGGGUUAAGGUGGAUGCCAAUCUAGCAGCCGCUGGCUUGCCUCAAACAAAUUUUGACGCAGUGGUCUCAGCGGAUCUUUUUGAGAACUUAAAGCCUGCACCAGACAUUUUUCUGGCCGCUGCCAAAGCUCUAGGUCUUCCACCUCAGGAGUGCGUCGUCAUUGAAGAUGCACUUGCUGGCGUCCAGGCAGCCCGGGCAGCUGGGAUGAGGUGCAUAGCUGUCACCACCACUCUCGCUGGACCAAAGCUUAUGUCAGCAGGACCUUCCGUGAUCAAGAAAAGCAUUACUGAGAUCACACUUGAAGACAUCCUUACAUUACAGGAACCUGGCUCGGGAUCACGAGAUACAGGAUUUGAUUUCAUGUGGGAGGAAUCGGAGUUAGGAUUUUUCGACAGCAUGCGAGAAAAGAUGGACCUUGACCAAGAACUUGCUCUUCCCUUAGGAUAUUUGACGACUAGGCGUGAUGUAUUCAAGCUUACCAGCUUUGCUCUCGGACUUAGCAGCAUUGCGUUUACUGCUACUCACAUGAAGGCUAUGUCUUAUGCAUCUCCUAUGGCAAUUUGGAACGCACUAGUGGGAGAAAUGCGCCCAGUUGCCAACGGUGCAGAACUGUCGACAGGAGAUCGAGUGGAGCAGUUCAAGAAGUACAUAGCAGACAUCGAGAAGAAAGGAAAAGGCCAGGUGGUUGCAGAGUUUCAGCCAAAAUUAGAGUGGCUAAAUUCACCUCCUUUACGACUACAGUCGGAUCUUCGAGGAAAGCUGGUCCUUUUAGACUUUUGGACGUACUGCUGCAUUAACUGCAUGCAUGUUCUUCCUGACCUUGCGUAUCUGGAGAAGAAGUUCAAGGGACAGCCGUUCACUGUAAUUGGAGUGCAUUCCGCCAAGUUUGACAACGAGAAGGACUCCAACGCGAUUAGGAACGCUGUUCUGCGUUACGAUGUCACUCACCCGGUGGUCAACGAUGGAGAGAUGACAAUGUGGAGACAACUAGGAGUUAGCUCCUGGCCUACGUUAGCUCUUGUCGGACCGACGGGUAGGCUCGUUGCCAUGCUGGCUGGAGAAGGCCAUAGAAAGGAUUUGGAUGACCUGGUUGCAGCUGCUCUCCAGUACUAUGGAGAAAAGGGCUUGCUGAAUGAUAAACCAAUUCCUGAAGCUCUGGAGAAGGAUAAGGACUCUCGCCUUGUGGCAUCUCCCUUAAAGUUUCCUGGAAAGCUUGCAACAGAUCUUGCUAACCAAAGAUUAUUCAUUUCUGACAGCAACAACCACCGAAUUGUCGUGACCGAUCUAGAGGGUAACUUCAUCAUGCAAAUUGGUGGUGGUGGAGGAGAAGGUUUAAGAGAUGGGUCGUUUGAUUAUGCAGCAUUCAACCGUCCACAGGGUUUGACAUACAAUCCCAGCAAGAAUGUGCUUUAUGUGGCAGACACGGAGAAUCACGCUGUAAGAGAGAUAGACUUCGUUAACGAAAAAGUUCGAACCCUCGCUGGAAAUGGUGAGAAAGGAUCAGAUUAUAAGGGAGGCAAAAAAGGCUCAUCACAGGUUUUGAACUCUCCUUGGGACGUCUGUCUAGAUUCUAGUUGUAAAGUCCUCUACGUUGCGAUGGCGGGCCAGCACCAGAUCUGGCAAAUUGAUCCUUCUGACGGUCUGGCGAGAAAUUUCAGUGGGGACGGUUAUGAACGCAAUCUGAAUGGAAAGAACGGGUCGAGCACAUCGUAUGCCCAACCUUCAGGCCUCUCACUUGGACCAGAUGGCCAGCAAAUGUUUAUAGCUGAUAGUGAGAGUAGUUCCGUAAGAGCAGUAGAUCUGAGAUCAGGAGGAUCUCAGCUUCUUGCCGGAGGAGAUCCUGUUUUCGCCGACAAUCUUUUCCAGUUUGGAGAUAAAGAUGGGUUUGGAUCGAAGGCCCUUCUUCAACACCCUCUUGGUGUCCUGUAUGGAUCAGACGGCCUUAUCUACGUCGCAGAUUCCUAUAAUCACAAGAUCAAAGUGUUGGAGAAAGGAAGUCAGAAAGUUACAAGCUUAGCAGGACUAGGAAAGGCAGGAUUCAAAGAUGGGCCAGCUUCAUCAGCACAGCUUUCAGAGCCUGCUGGAUUAGCUCAAGGUCCAAAUGGGAAGAUAUAUGUGGCAGACACGAACAACAGUUUAAUCAGAGUAUUAAAUGUAGGAGCCAAUCCCCCUACAAUAGAGACAUUGGAACUUAAAGGUGUGCCUCCCCCACCUCCAGCGCCUGCAAGCGCACCUCGAAGGUUGAGGCGCCGUCUCACUUCCGAUGUAGAAAUUGUCAACGUAGAUCCCGUCUCUUCCAUGAACGGUGAUCUGGAGCUUCAGAUUAGUCUGCCUAAGGAAUUUCAUUUUACCGCGGAGGCUCAGAGCAAGUUCGAAGUCGAUGUAGAACCAGAUGGUAGUGUGUCUAUAGAACCGAUGAAUGGCAUCAUCGGUAAUGAUGGACGUGCAAAGCUCCGCUUUUCACGUUCUUCGAACGACUCCAGCUCUGGUUCAGUCAGAAUCUCAUGCAAAGUUUACUACUGUCAAGAGGAUGCAGUCUGUCUCUACAAGGGAGUGGCAUUUGAAGUCCCCUUCAAUUCAGCUCAGGAGAACGCUCAGACUUCUAUAUCUAUACCAUAUCUUGUAAAGCCCAAAACGUCCACAAAGAACUCAUUGACAAGUGUAUAGAACUGUAACAAGAACGGAAUUGUAGUAUAGACAUGCACGAGAUGUGUGAAGACUGCCUUCUUCCUCACCCUUGAUGCAGGGAUCGUAUGGAGAGGGCUGUCACGAACACACGGCGUUAUCAUUUUUCUAGCUCAACCGAGAUUGUAUCAUCAAAGUGUAAAUCUUGUGUCAUGAAAUAAAAGCUGACCGAGGGCUUUCCUGAAGAGUAGAAAUGAUGCUCAUGAAGUUCUUGCCCCCAAGGUACCAAAUGCUGUAUGUCAACAGCCUGAUUCUACACGCCCAUCGUUCUCCAAUGGAGGAUGAGUCCGUCCAGAUCUCAUCUCCUUCGGUCGCACUAUGGAUGAUCUGUCCAGAUAGUGGGAAGUCAAACACAGCUGAAAAACCUCUCUCACCCUUCACCUUCGUUCUGUAACUGUCGUAAAAGCC